GUGCGGGGGGUGGCGACGGAGCCGCCCCCGCUCCUCGCUCGCAGCCGCCGCGCUCGCUGCUCCCGGUGCCCCCACCCCGGGGACCGGGCUCCGGUAUGGGGGGGCCGGGGGGGUCCCGGGGCUGAAAGGGAGCGAGAGAGGAGCCGGUGCCGCAGAGCUGCCGCCGGGGGGGGGCGAGGUAAGAGGAGCCGCCGACCUGUUGGGUCGGCCGCGAUGGGCUCGGUGGGAACGGAGCGCUUCAAGGAGCUGAGCCCGGCGGGGACGCCCGAGGGGAACGUGGUGAUGAGCUUCAGCUUCGACAGCUACCAGCUGGAGGAGGACGAGCUGCAGCGGGGCAGCCAGGCCAAGGGCGUCCUCACCUUCAUGGAGCCGGUUUCUGAAGACCCCGAGCCACAGGACCGAUACCACGGGAUCUAUUUCGCCAUGCUGCUGGCCGGGGUUGGGUUUCUCCUGCCGUACAACAGCUUCAUCACCGACGUGGACUACCUGCACCACAAAUACCCAGGGACCUCCAUCGUCUUCGACAUGAGCCUCACCUACAUCCUGGUGGCCUUGGUGGCCGUCAUCCUCAACAACGCGCUGGUGGAGCUGCUGAGCCUGCACACGCGCAUCUCCGUGGGUUACCUCUUCGCCCUGGGCCCCCUGCUCUUUGUCAGCAUCUGCGAUGUCUGGCUGGAGCUCUUCACCCGCCGGCAAGCCUACGCCAUCAACCUGGUGGCCGUCGGGGUGGUGGCUUUUGGCUGCACAGUGCAGCAAUCCAGCUUCUACGGCUACACGGGGCUGCUGCCCAAGCGCUACACGCAGGGCGUGAUGACGGGCGAGAGCACCGCUGGGGUCAUCAUCUCGCUCAGCCGCAUCUUCACCAAGCUGCUGCUGUCGGACGAGAAGGAGAACACGGUCAUCUUCUUCUUCAUCUCCAUCGGCAUGGAGCUGACCUGCUUCAUCCUCCACCUCCUGGUGAAGCGCACCCGCUUCGUCCGCUACUACACCUCCUGCCCCCGCAAGGGCCACCCCACGUCCCGGGGGGACCACGGGACGGGGACAGGGACAGGGUACCGCGUCCACCACGAUGUCACCGCCGAGGACGUCCGAUUUGAGGACCGGCCACGGGGACAGCCCGGCUCCCCCCGGGACAGCCUUGGCCCCGAAGGCGAGCUGGCGGGCAGCGGCACCUACAUGCGCUUCGACGUGCCCCGGCCCAAAAUCAAGAGGAGCUGGCCCAGCUUCAGAGACAUGCUGCUGCACCGCUACGUCGUGUCGCGGCUCAUCUGGGCCUACAUGCUGUCCAUCGCCAUGACCUACUUCAUCACCCUCUGCCUCUUCCCCGGGCUGGAGUCGGAGAUCCACAACUGCACGCUGGGCGAGUGGCUCCCCAUCCUCAUCAUGGCCAUCUUCAACCUCUCCGACUUCGUCGGCAAGAUCCUGGCCGCCCUGCCCUACGACUGGCGGGGCCCCCACCUCCUGAUCUACUCCUGCCUCCGCGUGGUCUUCAUCCCCCUCUUCAUCAUGUGCGUCUACCCCAACGGGCAGCCCGCCUUCGGCCACCCGGCCUGGCCCUGCGUCUUCUCCCUCCUCAUGGGCAUCACCAACGGCUAUUUCGGCAGCGUGCCCAUGAUCCUGGCGGCCGGCAAAGUGAGCCCCGAGCAGCGGGAGCUGGCAGGGAACACCAUGACCGUGUCCUACAUGACGGGCUUGACGCUGGGCUCGGCCGUGGCGUAUUUUGCCUACAGCCUCACCAGCACGGCCCACAGCAGCUGUUUCUACACCGAAACGUCCAACGGCUCCUUCCUGGGGGGGUACUGAGCCCCGGGGAUGGGUGGUGUGGGGGCGGGAUGGGACCGGGUCCUGUUGGCGUGGGGCUGUGGCCUCCCCAAAAAGCCCUCGGUGCUCAUCCAGGUGUCCCCUGGGUGCUGUGCGGGGUCACCUCUCGGGGUGGUGGCCCCCCAGGUUUAUUGAGGGGUGAAGUGCAGGGCUCUGGGGGUAUGGGAGGGGGCGAGGUUUGCUGUUUGGGUUCUUGCCGAGGAAAUAUUGCCCCAUCCCAAAAAGGAAUGGGGGCAGCGCUGCGAGGGGGGGGGGCUGGUGAGGAAGAGGAGCGAGGGAGGAAGGUGCUGUGGGAUGGCGAGGAUUUUAUUGACAGCACUUGAAACUGUGCCCCCCCCCUCCCCAAAAUACUCCAAUGACUGUGGAACAGACCCGAAUCACUUCUGCUGGAUGGAAAAAAAAAAGAAAAAAAAGAAAGAAAAAACA